UUCAACCUUAGCCAGUUAUCUAUUAUCAAGUGGGAUUGGAUCAAAUUCAGUUAUACUUGUUUUCGACUUGAGAAAUAGUGAAAAUCAGCCCAGUAUUAAUGUUCACACAUUGGCUAACACUAAAUUCUAAUAUUUGGUCAGUUUCCCUCAAUCCUUUCUGCUUCCGUCAUUCAUUAACCCUUGCUAAUAAUAACCAAGACAGACGGAUUAGACACUCUUGGCAUGAGGAUAUUGAAAGCGCUUUUCAAUUUUUGGGGGAGCAAAUAUCCGGCAAAGAGAAAAAUAUUAACAAAUUAUUUGAUGUAAUUAUUGGUAUUGGUCUGUUAGAAAAAAUUAAAGAAAUGAAAAAUGUUAGCGAGAAAGUUGAGAAAAUCCUUGGCCGUUAUUUGUUAAGUAUUGAAGCAAGUGAAGGAGUUGAUAUAAGAGAGGUAGAAAAGAAUGAUGAACUUGCAGUAAGUUUAUCUUUAAAUUUGUAUUACAAUUUGUAA